AGCGCUUUUUAUCACAAACCCGACUAUAAAUUUUACAAUACCAACGUUUAGUAGUUUUAUAAAUUCAAUAACGAAAUUUUGAAAAUAUAUUCGAUUUCAUUAAUUUAUGUCAGACGAUACAUAAUAGGAACAAACGCUCUCGUGUAAGAUGAUCCAAAAGACAAAUGGCGCAGAGAUUUGAUCGCGGUGGCGUUUAAUGACCAUCGAUUGAUUCUCAAUAAAAUAGGCGACAGGGAAGAAUUGAGAAUCGAGACCGUAAAAAGUGUUAAAGUGGUUAGUAUAUUAUAAUUCCCGGAUCUAUGGAUAUCGACAAAAGCAGACGACUUUGACAAAUACUAAUCUGCGGAUUAAUUGCUGGGUUUUUAAUCCAAAACCUAGGAGAGGGGGGUUUAAUCGUAAUUUUUGGACUUUGGUAUACAUUUUUAAACAGUAAUUGUUUAUGGAAUGCACGAUGAGUUAGUAUGCAAAUUGUGUUAAAUCAGGUUACUCGUGCUCAACAUAAUUAAAGGAGUUUUUGUGGAAAUUAUACUAUAAAUCAGGGCAGUGGUGUGAUAUCAAAUCAUGAAAUUUUCUUCAAGGAGGACCAAUUAAUAUUUAAUGAGAACGAUAAAAACUUAAACUGAUAAACGCUUCUGUUUCGACGUUCAAUGUAAACUUGAAUAGUUGAAGAGAUACUUGAAAAAGGUGGAAAAUACUCCGUUGUAGUAAUAGUUUUAUCCGGCGAUGUCGCAAUUCAUCGUUGUUCAGUGAUUGAAAUUCAUUAAUAGUGGUAUAAUUCAAUAACUGAUCAAAUCUAACUUUUCAUCGGCAAACAAAAUCCCCGUAGAGUUUGUAAAUAUUGAAUUUGUUCAUUUAUAAAUUUAAUGGGAAAUUAUUGACCAAACUGAAACAUCAUUCGGAUAGGACAAUGAUUUAAGAUAUUUUAUACUUAAAAGGAUAUGUAAAAAAUUCAGGUUGAAAACUUUAAGACAUAACAAUGUCGGUUGAAGUGAAAAACGAAAAUUUAUCGUCUGGUCAUCUGAUCGGCCAAAAGACAGAUUCAUAUGGACUUCCGGUUCAAGAAAGUACUCCGAGGGGUUCUAACCCAAGGCAAAUGUUAGGUUCUCCUAGUAAACAGUCAUACGGCGUUCGUGUACCGGUGUUACGAGAAAUAGACGGGAAUUACCUUCGACAGAAGCCGGGGUCCUGCCGGUUUGAUAUAGUGGAGAAAGUAACAACUGUUAUUAAACCAGGUGCAUACGGGCCUGAGCAUACUGAAGAUGAAGCGAUGGAAUUAAGAUCGCCAAAAACCUCUGAGGGCAAUCAAAAUAAACGAAUUACCGUCACACGUCAGCCAACAUUUCAUUCCACAUACUCAAGUUUUUCAAAGCACGAUGAUCAUAAAGACAGCAGUGUGUUAGAAAAAAUCGGACCAUACCAUUGGAAUACUUGGGUUAAAACCGGUCGAGAAGGGGAUGCGCGUGAUGUCUUGUAUAGAAACACAUACUGUUUAGAUCCGGAAAACGUACGUUACCGUACGUUGACAUUACCGCGUAUAUCCACCUCUUCUUCCGCGGAAAGGCCAUGGACUGUGGCGGGUGAUGAUAAACCUGUUAUAACUAAAGCAGAUCAUGGAGAAUACAACAAGGUCGUGACAAUCGUACCCCAGCAGCCGAGGGGGACGGUAGUACGCUUCAGGGAAUACAUGAAACCUUCCACGUACACAUCAGAAGGCCGCCCUUUUGCAGUAAAGAGCUACAGAGCAGGACCUGCUUUAAACGGUAUCCCUACAACAUUGAAUGAUGGAUUUCCACUCAUUCGACAUGAUUUUCGCCGACAGCCGAAGAAAACUGAAAGACCACUUAAAAGUGAAGGGCCACGAUAUAGUCUGAAAAGGAGUAAAGAGACAUUGUUUAAUAAACAUAUUCUGCCGGCGUAUAAGCAAGCAUUUAAUAGAGAUUAUAGUUCAGCAGAUACAUUUAAGGAAUACCUUGAAAGUCUGCAGCCCACUGCACAAGCUAACACUCCCGGAAUGCACACACGUGCUUUGGUUUCUAGAAACACAGAAUCACGUGAAUUAAUGAAUUACCAUAACGAGGCUCUGAAAUCGGUAUCAGACGUCAAUCAACCACAAGGAAGUAAUCCGACUAUAACCGAUGACCCUCAUGAAAUAUCUGUAAACAUUAGAAAGCAAUUGAAAAAUGACGAUCAGAACUUGGAUCAAACAGACGGUCAAAAGCCUCUUAUGAUAGAUAAUUUGUCGUCUGUUCAUGGAAGCAUUGUGCGCGCGCAUAGUGAUAUACAGUCUGUCACAGUUCCACGAAGCAGUAGUAUUGUAGAAGGUAAAAGUGUAGUUAAAAUACCAGGCGUUGUGACCGAGGCGUCAAAUGUGGAGCCCGAGAGUGGCGCAGUAGAAUCAAAGUACCCGAAGGAGGAAGACGGCUCGCAUUGUCCUGCAAAUACUCCAACCCCCGACGACCAGCCUUAAAUGUUCUAAACUCUUGCCACUUUCAUCUUCCACUUAUUUUUGAAAAACUGUUUUAUUACAAAAGAUAUUGUCGAUAUGUUGUUCUUGUUAUAAAGACAUCUUUUAUUGAUUUACUUGUUAUGCAACUGUUAUUGUAAAUGUGUUAUUUGCUCAAAUAUCUGUGCUUCUGAAUUGCAGUAAUAUAUACAUACUUUAUAUAUACUAUGUAUACUAAAUUUAUGUUUUGUACAAGAGACAAAUCUAUUCAUUUUACAUGUUAAAAACUGUGCAAGGAUGUGUCGUUGAUGUUGAGACAAUAAAAUAAGUAAAAUA